AUGACAGACUUGGAAUUGCCAUUGGGCCGAACAGAUCCUUCUCUGGCAAAUUCAUUUCUGUGUUGCGUUUGCUAUAGCUGCCGGGUUUAUCAGGCACAGGAAUCCCGAAAGAGUUUGGCGAGUGCACGACCCAGCUGGUGGUGUGCUUUGUACAUCAAUCUGGAUCGUCGGCAGGAUCGGAAAGAAAAAUUGCUGAAGCUCUUGGCGAAGCAGAAUGGCCCGCUCUUGGCACGUCUGGAGCGAGUUCAGGCAAUUGACAAGCAGAACUUGUCGUUGGACGAUGAGAUAGUUGUCAAUGCCGUGGCUCCUCACGCCUUGGAACGUACAAGGCGUGCAAUGGAGGAGGAUCACUACACCAUCGUUCACGAUGAGGAAGGGAAUCUGGUCCAUUUCGAUGACCACUUGACCUUGGGUGGCAUUGCAUGUGCCCUGUCGCACCGCUUGGCUUUGCAGCGCAUCGCAGAGCACCCCACAGCCGACUGGGGGUUGGUCCUGGAGGACGAUGUAAAUGCUCUGGUGCCGCGGGUGGAUUUGGCUAUAGCGAACUUGCUGUCAGAACUACCAGAUGAUUGGGAUGCCGUUUGCUUGGGAUACCACGAUCCCCAAGGGAGGGUUCAUCCAGCAGCGCUGAGCAACGAGCCUUUGGAGACUUCGUUCAGUGGGAACGAGGUGGAGGUUCUCUCGUCCCCUGGCCACGUUUUUGGCUUGGGCGCUUGGAUGGUACGGAAGGAAGCUGCUCAACAACUUGUUGAGAACGCUUUCCCUAUUGAGAGCCAGGUUGACUACACCCUCACAAAUUGGUUGGCCCGUUUUCGAAGGAGACUCUGGAAGGUCGAUCCAAGAAACUUACUUUUUUAUGCACCCUCCAGCGAGGAGGAGAUGGAUUCAGACGUGCAAACCAUGGUGCCCAUUGCCAAAAUUGAAGAAGACCAUCAGUCAUUGCAGGCCUACAUCGAUUAUAUGAACGGCAGGCCUUUGGAUCCCUAUGCUGACUGGGAUUUGGAAGACCUUGGCUACGGUGAUGACUUCGAUGAAGAGGAAUGGAUCAGACAGUGGCAGGAGCAGCGCUACGAGGAGUACUAUGGCCGCCUUAGAUCAGAAGGCUGAGCCUCCAGCUGUGAGACGGUUGGCUCGGUGC